AGAUUUGAGUAUAGUUUAUCAAUACCGGCAGUGUUUACGUGGAGGAAGACAAGCCAUGAAGCAUAAUAGGGAAAUUUAAAUGCUGAGAGAGAAGUCUUUAUAAAGACGGAAACCCAUUGCUGUAAAAUUCAAAUUUUGAUUUUGCAGUGUCUGUAACUUCAAUUCUCAUCAUGUUUAUUGUCAAGACAUUGAGAGCUUCGGUAUUUGGGCUUUAUGGAUAUAUGAAUUUCACUAAAUCUGCUUUUUCGGAACAUGCAAAGAAUUUCAAGCCAGAAGAUAUGCAAGUUCAAAUGGAAGGAAAGAAUUGCAUUGUCACAGGUGCAAAUUCCGGCAUAGGUUUCGCAACUGCUGAGGGUCUCGCUUCACGAUGUCAAAUCCUUCACUUCCAGGUUUUGUUCUAAAGAUGUGCCUGUACAUGUCCUGGUUAAUAAUGCUGGCCUGCUUGAAGCUAAUCGUGUCAUCACACCAGAAGGAUAUGAGCUGAGUUUUGCUACAAAUGUUCUUGGAACUUACACCUUGACUGAGUUGAUGUUGCCACUCCUCGAGAAGGCCGCACCUGAUGCUCGUGUUAUCACAGUUUCCUCGGGUGGAAUGUACACAUCUCCAUUGACUACUGAUUUACAGUUUAGUGGUGACACGUUUGAUGGGGUGGUACAGUAUGCUCGGAACAAGAGAAUUCAGAUUGCACUGACAGAAAAAUGGGCUGAAAAGUACAAGGAUAAAGGUGUUAAUUUCUACUCCAUGCAUCCAGGGUGGGCCGAGACGCCUGGGGUAGCCAAGAGUUUGCCAGAUUUUUCUAAAUCGUUUGAAGGAAAACUUAGAAGUAGUGAGGAAGGUGCAGAUACAGUUAUCUGGUUGGCAUUACAACCAAAAGAGAAGUUGGUUCCUGGGGCAUUUUACUUUGACAGAGCUGAAGCACCAAAACAUCUGCCAUUAACAGGCACCAAGAACUCUCAUUCUGUCAUAGACUCCAUAGUUGAGAAACUUAGGUCUUUUGCUGGCUUAUAAGGAGGAUAUUAGAAAAGUUAGUUGGACGGAUACCUUUUAAUAAGUAAUUACUGAUUUUAGCGGUACUUUUCAUUUAUUACUAUGGAAAAAGGGACGGAUUUAAUCCCGAACUUUAAUAAAAGGUACAUAUAUACCCUCCGUUGUACUAUGCGUACAUAUAUACCCCUACUGUCCGAUUAGUGGUACAAA